ACCGUUCACCUUCGCUGAGGCCGGUCACCGAGUCCACCAGAGCGUUGGAUCCUCUUUCUCUCCCCCUCCGGUCGGUGGAGACGGAAGGAUAAAAAAUCUCUAACCCAAGAUUUGGAUUGUUUUCUCGCCAAGAAACCUCGAUGAGAUCCACGCGCGUGGGAGCUUUUCUUUCCCAAGAUUCAUCCAGCCAUGGAGCUCCGUCGCCGAUCUAGGGGUUCUGUGGCGUUCUUGAUCUCUCUCCUCCUCGUCCUAAGCUUCGCCGGAGACUUGUGUUUCGCCGAGAACCGUCGGCCGAAGAACGUCCAGGUUUCGCUCCGGGCUAAGUGGACCGGCACUCCGUUGCUGCUGGAAGCCGGAGAAUUGCUCUCUAAAGAAUUGAAAAACCUGUUUUGGGAGUUUACUGAUCUCUGGCUAGAACCAGAUAAAGGCUCAGAUUGUUUGACAGCCAAAUGCUGCAUUCACAAAAUUGUCCAUGUUGCGCGCUCGCUUCAAAGUGAACCCUUGGGAUCAGUUUUUGAAUUUUCUCUUAUGCUUCGGUCAGCAUCUCCUAGACUAAUGCUCUACCGGCAGUUGGCGGAGGAUUCAUCUUCUUAUCCUUCUGAUGAUGAAACCAACUCAGAACAUGUUUUGGGAGACUUGUCAGAGCCACUUUCGAGAGUCAAGGUAGAGCCUUUUCUCAUAAGCAGAAACCUGAGAAGCCCUGAGGGAAGUUGCUGCUGGGUAGAUACUGGUACUGGACUACUAUUCAAUGUUACCGAACUUCUUUCAUGGCUUGACACUUCAGCCAAACUGGAAAAAUUAAAUACGUAGUGAGACCUGUAUUGCCUUCUGGAUGUCAAGCAGCGAGCAGCUAUUGUAGUGCUUUUGGUUCUUCAGAUGUAGUAAAUUUGGGGGGGUAUGGUGUGGAACUUGCUUUGAAGAACAUGGAGUACAAAGCUAUGGAUGAUAGCACAGUAAAGAAAGGUCGUUGCAGGAUUUUUAGCAAAAUGCUAUAUGCCUAAUUUUCAAAUGUUGCCUUUUUCCUUCCUUAUCAGUGCUAUCCAAAAUUAGCGACAACUGACUUUUUUUAUGGCAUUGAAGUUUCAUAGGUUUUUUCUUGUAUAUCUGUUUGCAGACUUGAUGAUAGAUAUACUUUAACCUGUACUCUUUUAUGCACCAGUUCAACCUGCUACUCCAACUGAUGUGCCACUUUAGACCAAUCUUUUUUUUUUU